CAUAUUCUUUUCUUUAUUCCUUCCCUCAACUCCAUUUCCGUUUGCUUCCUCACUGUUCCUUCCUUCCUCCCUCCCCAAAACUCACAGACCCCUUCAAAAUUCUUACUCCUAACAGAACUCUCUCUCUCUCUCACGUUCAUGCCAUAUUCAUUCCUUGUUUUGUUCAACCAACAUGCUUCUUCCCUUUCUGCUCCUCCUCUUCUCGCCCUUUCUCACCAUCUCUCUCUCUCAAACUCCUCCUAAAGGUUUUUUUCUUGAUUGUGGGGCAACUUCUCCUUCUCCAAUCGACGGUCUCUCAUGGAUUCCCGAUUCGGAGUAUAUCUCAACUGGUACACCCAAGAAUUUGACGACCCCUGAUAUGGUUCAAACUUUAUCCACCGUUCGAUCCUUCCCGCUUGAAGCCAAGAAGAACUGCUACAAUUUUCUGGUGUAUCGCGGAGCACGGUACAUGGUGAGGACUACGUACUUCUAUGGAGGAGUCAACGGACCCGAUCAUCCUACCCCGCCGGUGUUUGAUCAGAUGGUGGAUGGGACCUUCUGGCGGGUGGUGAACACCACAGCGGAUUAUGCACGCGGGAAUUAUACUAACUAUGAAGGCGUUUUCAUGGCUCAGGGAAAGACCAUGAGUGUUUGUAUCGGGUCAAAUACUCACACGGAUUCCGACCCGUUUAUAUCGGCUCUUGAGUUGGUGAUCCUGAGUGAUUCCCUGUACAAUGCUACGAACUUUGGCAGGUUUGGGCUCAGUUUGAUUGCAAGGCACAACUUUGGAUACUCUGGACCCCCCAUUCGGUAUCCUGAUGAUCAGUUUGACCGUUUCUGGGCGCCUUUUGCACCAAGUAAUUCCAGCCACGCAGGCAGCAGCAAUGCUGAUGUUUCAGGAAUUUGGAACCUUCCACCUUCAAAAAUAUUUGAUACAUGGCUGGGAUCUGAUCAAUUGGAAUCCUUGGACUUGGCAUGGCCUGAGGCCUCACUUCCAUCCUCCAACUACUCCAUUUCUCUAUACUUUGCAGAGCACAGCGGAUCAUCAUCAGGGAGACCAAGGAUUUUAAACAUCAGUGUAAAUGGUAUACGAUAUUACAGUGAUUUGAACGUGACUGAAGCAGGUGUUGUUGUCUUUGCCAACCUUUGGCCACUUUCUGGUCCUACAACAAUCAGAUUGACCCCUGCUGCCAGUUCAUCUUUGGGUCCCUUGAUCAGUGCCGGUGAAAUUUUUGAGAUGUUGCCACUUGGAGGAAGAACUCUGACACGGGAUGUUAUUGCAUUGGAAAAGAUAAAAGAGAGCUUCCAAAAUCCUCCAAGCGAUUGGAAUGGUGAUCCUUGUAUGCCUCGCCAGUACUCAUGGACCGGCAUCACAUGCUCCGAAGGAACAAAUAUUCGAGUAGUGAACUUAAACUUGACAAGUUUGAACCUUUCUGGAUCUUUAUCACCUUAUGUUUCCAAUAUGACAGCAUUGACCAACAUCUGGCUUGGUAAUAACAGUUUGUCUGGACAAAUUCCUGACCUUGGUUCAUUGAGGAUGUUAGAAACACUGCACUUGGAAGACAAUCAAUUCAGUGGAGAGAUUCCCUCAUCCCUAGGGAACAUCAGCAGCUUGCAUGAACUAUUCUUGCAAAACAACAAUCUGUCUGGUCAAAUUCCAGCAAAUCUCAGCGGAAAACCUGGACUUGUUCUUCGGACUUCUGGUAAUAAUUUUUCAUCACCUCCAGCAUCAUGAUCAAUUCUCUCGACACUUUCGUGCAUAGGAUACUUUACCCCACAAAGAUGCUCUGUUCUAUUGCGUAUCAUAACUUUUUUUCUGGAAUUUCUUCAUCAUCAACCCUCUCUCUCUUGGAGGAGACAAAGGUUUCUUCUUUUGACAUGGAGCUAAAAGAUCCCUCUGUAUACCCAUGUUUGAUUCUAAAACCCCUUGUAAUUGUAUCUUAUAGGCAUUAUUCAUUUAUUUUAUUGAAAUUUUUUGGGAUGUUCUUGAGCUGAGCUGUUUGUUCCUCAAAUACUUGUAUUAUAUUCUGGUUUCUGUGUGACGUUUGUUAUACAGUUUUGUCUCAUGACUAUAUAAUCAACGACAGUGUAAUUCUAUUUUCACUGUUCAAAGUGAUAAUUUCUUUUUACUUUGUUCUGA